AUGCUUCUAUGUCUUUAUGAGUGCUCAUUUAUGUUUAUAUGCCUUUUUAUAUGGAUGGAAAGCAACUUUGAGUUUUGUGGUCAAUACAUCCAAUGGAUAGAUUUACUGCUAAAAGUCACCAUUUGGUUAGAAAGACUCCUCAAAAAGCUCUGAUUGGUUGUAAAACCGCGUACAAAAAAAAAUCAAAAAAUUGGAAAAUCACUUUUUUUUGUUGCCAAUCUAUCCAAAAAAAAGUGCAUGUAA